CUAGUACUACCACUACUCUACUACUACCACCGCUACUCUACUACCACCAUCACCAUGACAGCAAUCAUCAUCACUCAAGCUGCUCCACCAGAUGAACGUACUCACCUCUUGGUCUCUUCUUCCCCUCCUUCCCUCGACUCGCAAACUGCUAUCCGACCUGACCAACCAGCCAACUUACACCGACUUGCCCCUCUGAGAGAAAGCAUCUCCACCUUUCGUUUCGUCUUGACUUGCAUAGGAAUAUGGUCGGCCAAUUUCGUAUUCGCAUUUCAAGCUUCGGCCAUACCGACUUUGGCACCGAGUAUAGGCAGUGGGUUCAAGCAAGCUGAAUUUUCGACUUAUCUGGGUAGUGCUUUUACGUUGUGUAAUACGGGGGUCAUACCCGUCUACGGAAUUCUCAUGGAGACUCUAGGUCGAAGGUUCGCCAUGUUAACGGCCUGUGCAUUCUUCGGGCUAGGAACAAUCUUCUGUGCUCUUUCACCCAGUAUGGGGAUACUGAUAGCUGCUAGAGCUUUUGCUGGUCUCGGAGGCGGAGGUCUCCUCACAGUCUCUUCAGUCAUCGUCACCGAUCUCGUACCUCUUCGUGAAAGAGGGGUGUUUCAAGGGAUCAUGAUGUCUAUAUUUGGAGCUGGUACCAUGCUGGGCGGACCUUGUGCUGGUUGGUUGGCGGAUCGAUUCGGUUGGCCUUUCGCUUUCUGGGUUCAACUACCCGUCGUCCUCUUCUGCGCGACGGUGGUAGCCUCUGUAGCCCCCGAAGCUCCCCUCCCUCCAACGCAUCAAACCGUCUUUUCGGGUCUCAAAUCUAUCGACUGGUUAGGCACUUUCACAUUACUCGGAUCAGUCUCUUCCCUGCUUCUCGGUUUCUCUUUUCACACCUCUUUCCUCGACCCAUGGUCUUCUCCAAGAGUAUGGGGCACUUUGUUGUUCUCUAUCGUACUGGGCUGUUUGUUCGUGUGGGUUGAACAUCAAGUAGAGAGACCUGUAAUACCCAUAGAAGUGUUGAAAACGGGACACGUGAAAGCUGUGAUGUUGGGUGGAUUCUUUUUGAGUAUUUCUUAUCAGGCCUAUUUGUUCCAAAUACCCGCAUACUUUGCCGUUAUCCUCGACACCUCAACCGCAGAAGCCGGUGUCAUCUUGUCCGUAUGUGGAGGUUUAGGAUUAGCGUCAGGAUCUUUGAUAGCCGGACAAUACAUACGUCAUGGUGGAGCAUACAAAUGGCUAGGAGUCAUCUCUCUCAUACCAGGAAUCACCAGUACUCUCAUUGCUGCUUCUUGGAAACCCGAUUGGCCAUGGUGGGCUUAUUACGCAACUGUCUUACCUGGUUCUCUUGGAUAUUCAGUGUUUUUGAGUGUUACAUUGGUGGCUUUGAUAGCUUCUUGUGAUAGCAAGUUGAUGCCCAAAGCAACAGCAUUACUCUACAUGAUACGUUCCCUCGGAGUCACCCUCGGUGUUUCCACAGGAGGUUCCAUCCAACUUGGCGCUCUAACAUCUGCUCUCAAAUCCCGUCUCUCUUCUCUUCCUAUAGAAGAAUCAAACGAAAUAAUCAACUCUGUUCUACAUUCUAAAGCUUCCAUCAGACAAUUAUCUCCCCCCUACGACCAAUUAGCUCUGGACGCUUAUGCUAGUAGUUUAUCUACGGUAUUCUUGUUCAGUUUCGUGGUUUCUUUAUGUACGUGGAGUACCAGUUUCUUCAUCAAGGAUAUAGAGUUGCAUGGGCAUGGUGGGAAGAGAGUCGGGUCAGGGGAUGAAGAGGAGGAGUGAUCGGGUGGUGAGUGAGGCAUUUGUGUUUGGUUUAUCAUAUGCAUGGAUUCCGUAUGAUGGUUGG